CAAAAAGUAAUCAGUUGGCGGGCAUAAAAUGUUUUCCAAUGGCUCAAAUAUAAAUAUACCACAAAAAUUGGUUCCCGGCAAUUAUUUGCAGUUGGGUCUAGCAGCUCAAAAAUACAAGCAACGUAAUUUUAAAGAAUUGCUCGAAAAGCGCAAGUUACCAGAGGAAGGUUGGCGAGAUGAGUAUAUUGAGGAGCUAGUUCAUCAGCUAGCUGCUUUGGAUAGCAACAAUUUUCCACAUAAUGUUGGUCUAGGGGAACGAGAGGCACGCGUUGUCUGCAAGCUUGUUGCACGUCGUCAUUAUAAUUUUGGCCAUGGCAUAGGAAGAUCAGGUGAUCUAUUGGAAGCACAGCCCAAGGCUGCCGGCUCAACAUUGCUCUCCAAUCUUACAAAUGCGUUGUUGCUCGACCUUAUACGGACGCUAGGUGUGACCAGUUGUGCUGGUUGCUUCUUGGUGCCCUUGGCCACGGGUAUGACGCUAACAUUAUGCCUGCAAGCGUUGCGCAAAAGUCGACCUGCCGCUAAAUAUGUGCUUUGGUCCCGAAUUGAUCAAAAAUCCUGCUUUAAGGCUAUUAUUGCUGCUGGAUUGCAGCCUGUGAUUAUAACUGGCAAAGCUUCAUCGGCGGCGGAAGCUCUAGAUACAAAUAUACAUAAAUUCGAGGAGCAAAUCAUUGCACUAGGCGCUGAUAAUAUAGUAUGCCUGUACAGCACCACCAGCUGCUUCGCACCACGCAAUAGCGACAACAUAAUCGAGGUGGCAAAACUUGCCAAGCGAUUCGCAUUACCCCACCUGGUAAACAAUGCCUAUGGGUUGCAAUGCAUGGAAAUUAUAAGUAAUCUAGAGCUUGCAAACCGAAAAGGACGCAUUGAUUACUUCGUACAAAGUACGGAUAAAAAUUUGCUUGUGCCUGUUGGCGGUGCUAUAGUGGCCAGCGCUGAUGAUCAGUCGCUACAGAAUUUGGCCAGCAGCUAUGCUGGUCGCGCAAGCAGCUCUCAAACGCUAGAUGUAUUCAUGACACUGCUCUCAUUGGGACGAGGUGGUUAUCAAAAUUUACUACGGCAGCGUAAAGAAAAUUUUGAUUAUCUCAAGCAUCACCUUCUGCAGUUUGCUGUCGCACACGGAGAAUGUGUUCCACAGUGUGAAAACAACAGUAUAUCCUUGGCGCUUACUCUGGGAACCUUGGGAGCUGGUGUAACUGAGCUGGGUGCUAUGCUGCAUACGCGCGGCGUUUCCGGCGUACGUGUAAUACCCGUUGGCCAGACUAAAUCAAUUGAUGGCUAUGUAUUCAAGGAUUUUGGAUCGCAUCGUGAUGAUCUGAAGCUGCCGUAUUUGACUGUAGCAGCAGCUUUGGGCGUUACUCGGAAUGACAUAGAUAAAUUCUUUGAAAUAUUAGAGCUCUGCUGGUCAAAGUUCAGUAAGUCUACUCGCGUAGUCGUCGGAAUGUAAAUUUAUUUAUAAAUAAUAAACAAUUACCAUUUAAAAAGUGCACAUUAACAAUGAACUAAAUGAUUAUUAGUUUUUUAUUUAUUGCUAGGU